AUGCUUAUGCAUGGCCAAAGCCUUGCGAAUGCGCUCGAGCUGCUGCAAUUGUGCGUGAAAAAGGACAAUGACGUGUUUCACUCCACGCUCCAGCGGCAAAAGCAGUCCAUGGAAGCACUGAAAAUGGGCGCCAAGGUAUUUGAGGACCAUUUGUAUGUGCAGACAAAACUCCGGUCCCGAUUGCCUGAGCUUUAUGACUACAUUCUUGCUCAUCCUUAUACAGAUGACAAGACACGUCGUGAUAUUCAGGGUCAACAGCUGCGGCUCUAUACAUCCAUGGCGACCAGGAUGCCGAAGCAAGGCCCGCAUGCAGACCAAGAUCUUCGCGCGCAGCUGCGAGAAAAGGCGCAGGAGCUUGCUCAUGGCCUUGUGAUUCUUCGCAUACCUGAUGAUUUGGCAUGGCACAUGCAUCUUGGGUGUGUGGACGAGCCACUCGCUCGUCUGCCGUUUGAUGAACUCCAUACGUACAUCCGCUUGUUCCCCAGCUCAGGGCGCGCGGCAUCGUUUCGUGCAUUCCUGAUGCUUGUCCACGAUCCUAUGUACAUGGCCGACUUGGAAGGGAGCGCAGACGCCCAGGAGACUCAAGAUCUUCUGCAGCUCGCUCUCGAUGGUUUCGAGCUAUGUCCCGAGUCGUUGCUAUGUGCACGCAUCACAGCCCUUUUCUACCUGCUCGACAAGGACUAUAGCUCCGCAUUGGAUGUGCUGCUAGUCGCCAAGGACCUGCUUCAGCGCACGUCAGUGUCUUUCCAGCUGCCACUUACACAUGUGUCGAUGGAACUGGCUGCGCACCUUGCAACUGUGUAUGCCCAUCUGCAUGCACCGAAACACCAUAAGGCGUCAUUGGAGCUCGCUGAACAGGUGCUGUCUUACGAUGUGCACCAGAUCGAUGCUCUUCUCGCCCGUGCGUACGUGCGGGCAGCUGCGCAUGCAUGGGCGGAUGCGCGCGAAGACUUUCAUCACGUCAUGACGCAGGCACCUGGCCCAAUCAAUGUGCAGGGUCGCUUCCUUGGAGCGCUUCAUUUGAGUGUCGACUAUCAAUUAGAGGCGGAAGCUGAGCAUGCGCAUGUGCUGAUAGAACUGGGUGAUAUCGAUGCGGCUCAGCAAGCGCUCGACACCCUGCUUCAGAAGCACGAUGAUGCAGGGAACGUGUUUGGCGACGAGUUCCGUGCACGUCUCUGGCACGAACUGGGUCGGUGUCUCUGGGCACGUGGUGGCUCGUUCCGCACGGAUUCGGAUCAUGCUUAUCACUGCUUCGUCACGAGUAUCCAGCGCUGUGCAACAUAUGCGCCCGUGUUCACGUCGCUGGGCCUGUACUAUUUGGACGCGCUGUCGCCACCAGAUACGGUACGAGCGUUCAAGUGUUUACAGCGAGCAUUUGAGUUGGAUGCGCGCCAAUUUGUCGCUGCUGAGCGCAUGCUGAACCAGUAUGCAGACGAGCGAUCCUGGGAGCUUGUUGAUGCGAUUGCGCGGCGCGUGAUCGAAGCUGAAGGCGGUAUCGAUGUGCUCACAGGCGCGACGCCAGCCGUGCAUGUGACGACGAAUCCAUGGGCUUGGAAGGCCAUGGGCAUGGUGCAUGCUAUGAAUGCGCGAAUGGAGCCCGCGAUCUCUGCACUGCAAGUGGCAAUUCGCGCCGCGCCUGAUGACGCUGAUGCUUGGGCACGUCUCGGUGAGGCAUACGUGGCAUCUGGCCGCCCAGUGCCAGGGCUCAAAGCCUAUGCUCGGGCACGCAGCUUGCUCGGCGAUGUGGAUCUGAAAGAUGCAUGGCACAUCGAAUACAAUAUCGCAGAAGCGCAGCGGCAUCUUGGGCGGCUUGAGCUAUCGAUUGAGUUGCUUGAGCGGAUCUUGCGUGCCGUCCCAACGCAGCAGGGCGUGCGUGUCGUCUUGGCACAGACGCGGCUCGUGCAAGCACGACACUUGCUGUCGUCCGGCUACACGUAUCGUGCGGUUGAGAUGCUGCAACUUGCGAUUGUGAAUGCGGCACAGGGUAUUGAACGCGGAUGCGAAGCUGCGGACGGCUUGGAAGGUCGUGGGAGACGCGUGCUAUUUGCUGUCGCAGAUUGA